CUCAUUUUUACUGAGGUUAUAAAAGCCAAGUGGAAGCCAAAGACUUCGCACCGUUCCUUUGGAUGAAUUAAAGAAUUUUGAAGCCUCUGCUCGUGGAUAAUUAACACAAAGCCUCAAAAUGCCAGCUAGACCCAAUUCUACAAUAGUCCUCUCAGAGACCAAAAAAACAGGGAAGAAAGUUAAAUCCAACAAGAAUGAGAUGACAAAACGAGAAAAAGUUCCCGUUUAUGUGCCGAACAUCCCAGAGCCAACGAGCAGAGCUGAGCUCAUGAAGCAUUGGAUGAACUUGACUUUGGAUGAUAAGACUGCCAACAAGAUGUUGUGGAUUUCUGACAGCGGCUCUAAGGUGUGCCGUAGAACUGAGGAGGUUUGUCCUGUCCUGGAUAGACCAGAGAGAUACGAAUAUUCUCCACAGGUGGUGUGCAAAGAGGCUAUCUGGAACAUGAGGGCCUACUGGGAGGUGGUGUACUCUGGGUGGGCGGUAAUUGGAGCCGCCUAUGAAGGAGCAGGACGGAGGGCACAUUCUGGGCCAAGUGGUCUCGGAGAAAAUGAGGAGUCCUGGGGUCUGUGUUGGUCAGGAACGCGUUACCAGAUCUGGUUCAAUGGUAUGAACAAAGACAUAAAUGGCGUCCCGCAAUGCUCCACAAUUGGAGUUUACAUCGACCAGCCUGCAGGGAUCAUAAGCUUUUAUGUUGUUACUGGUGAGGGGGCAGAGCAGGAGGUGCAGCUGUUGCAUAAAAUUAAGACUUCUAUUGAGAAAAAUAUUCUUCCGGGUUUCUGGAUGGGGAUUCAGUCCUCAUGCACAAUACUGAAGAGACCGGAAUGAACUGCUAAAGCUAAAACUGAUCAAAUCUGUGUUGAGAAUGCUACAGUCAGGUUUUAAUACAUUUAUGUUAACUGUGGUUAAUAUAUGCUGAUAUCACAUAUUCCUGUAACUCUUAUUUAAUAAUGAUUUUUUUUUAAUCAAAUUUGCAUCGGUUCUAUUCUGUUUGUGGAGGUUGUUAAAAGGAAAACAUUUAUUGCUUUUAGACUCGUCAGGGCUUUUUGAAAGAUAUUUUUUCAUUUAUGUGUACUGUUUUGUCUGAUACUCCUUUAUUAUACUGUAUGUUGGUUAUAUAACAUCAGAUUGGAUAUUUAUGAACUGAUUGAAUUGAAAUUGAAUUGAAUUAUGAUAUGUAUGAAUGUUGAGUGUCUUGUGACUUUUUGUGAAAUAAAGAAUGUAUUACUAUAAA